UCCCGUGUCAACAGUGUCGGAGCCGUCGACGGGCAGUUCGCUUCGGAGCCGCGCGCGAAACGCGAAUCACUCCCGUGCACACGCGUGCAAGUACAUACGACGUAGCGCCGUACCCACCGAGCAUCAUGGAUCGCGCCUUUUUGAACGUGAUGAUCCUCAGCUGGGGAUUCAUGCUGGUCUUCACGGCGUUUCAAACAAUGAGCAACAUAGAGAAAACUGUUCUGAACAGCAUCACGGAGGAAGAUCCAAGCUUCCACGGUAACGCUUAUGUCAGUCUGGCCAUAAUCUACGCCGUGUUCGCAACCUGCAACUGGUUAGCGCCAUCGUACAUCUCGGUGACCGGGCCGCGGGUAGCGAUAGUCACGGGCGCCUGUUGCUACGUACUGUUCAUCGCGUCCUUCUUCUAUCCGCACGAGGCCCUGCUGUACAGCAUGUCGUUGCUCGUCGGGAUCGGCGCCGCCCUGAUGUGGACCGGCCACGGGCAGUACCUGACGGAGAACAGCGACAACCACACCAUGUCGCGGAACGCCGGUAUAUUCUGGGCGAUUUUUCAGACGUCGCAGUUCGCCGGCAAUCUGUUCGUCUUCUUCAUCUUUAAGUCACCCAAAAUCGACAAGGGCCAACGAAUGAUCGUGUUCAGCGUGCUGACCGGCCUCGCGGUGAUCGGCACCGUGGUGCUGUUCGUGCUAAGGAAGUCGCCGCAAAAACUAACGCUGGGCGAGGCUGAGGGAGUGUCGCACGCCGACAAGGAGCUGCGCCUGCCGGAACCGAGGCGCGAGAAACCGCUGGCGGUCGCGUGGCGCGCCUUCGUGGACGCGAUCAGGCUCUUCCUCACGCCGACCAUGCUGCUGUUGUCGUUGACGUUCAUCUACACGGGCCUCGAGCUUACCUUCUACUCCGGCGUGUACUCCAACAGCAUUGGCUUCGUGAAGUCACUGGGCGACGACCGUAAGAGGUUCGUAGGACUCUCCGGUAUCUUCAUCGGCGUCGGCGAGGUCGCGGGCGGCGCGAUCUUCGGCAUUCUCGCGUCCAAGAUAUCCGGCAGGUGUGGCGGCUGGCCGGUGGUGAUGACCGGCCUGGUCGUACAUCUGUUUGCCUUCAUCAGCAUCUUCCUGAAUCUGCCCAACGACGCCUCGUUCAUGGACACGAACAACGUGGGCUACAUCUGGCCCUCACCGUACCUCGCGAUGGCAGGCAGUCUCGCCCUUGGUUUCGGCGACGCCUGCUACAACACGCAGAUCUACUCGCUGCUGGGCGUCCUGUUCGCCAACGAGAGCGCACCGGCCUUUGCUCUCUUUAAAUUUUGCCAAUCCGUCGCCGCGGCUAUUAGCUUCUCAUACAGCACCUCGGCGGGACUGCAUGUACAGCUCGCGGUGCUGUUCGUGGCUAUAUUUUUCGGUACCGCGGCCUUCUGCUAUGUCGAAUACAAGGUCUUAAAGUCCAAGGACGAGACCCCGCAGGAGACCGACCCGGCGUUGGUCGAUGCCACGAGUGGCGAAGAUUGAUAAGGCUAGUUAGAUGCAUUUGUUAGGUAGCAAAGACACACAACGAGUUCGGAUGUGAAUCAAGUGCGCGAAAGAUCUCGCGAAGGAGGGACAACACCGCGGAACACGAGAAUGCCGCAUUAAAUGUAAAGCGAACAACUCACGGUCGCCUCGAACGAGCGUUAACGCAAAUUAUUUUAGCAUAAGUUAACGAUAAGAUAUCCUUGCAAAUUUUAAGUAUUACAUGAAUCAUUCUGUAAUUAGAGACUCUUUACAAUAUUUUGAACAUGGUAAAUGGUGCAAUCGAUGAUACUUGACUGCGAAGAAAUUGCGGAUUUUCUUGUUAGGCUAUCCUCAUUUUCUGAAAUUCCAUUUACUAUUGUAAGAAACCUCUAAUUCAGGUCUGUGAGAAUAUCGUCGUACAAGUGACUAGACAAAGAGGAUAUCCAGGAAUGUAUUUACGGUUGAAUGUUAUCAUGGUCUUCCAGUUUUUACACGUUUCUCAAUCCCCACUUUAUUUCGGGGUAACUGUGCUUCAGACAUUUUCUCCUUUAAAGCGGUAUCUUUGUAUACGUAAAUGUGCCAGGUAAAACCCAAUUAUAUCUGUAUAUACAAUUGUACGUGUGUAUGCAUCUCAUUUGUCGGCGUCAAUGUUUUCAUUAGGCCGAAAAUGUUGCAUCACUCGCAGAGAGUCGAAAGACGCUGCUUUAAAGGCACCGAUCUAAUUUAAUCGGUUAUCGUUAUUAAAAUGCAAGACUUAUGUCUCAGCGAUACAAUUAUUAUAUGUAUGUAAUGCAUAUAUUGCAUAUAUGCAUAUAAUGCAUAUAUGUAAUGCAAUAAUUUUAUCUCCUUUCAUCCGCAAACUCGAAGGCUGUGUAAGGCCCUUUGCAUUCAUUGCGAGCUCCUUUUUGUAAAUUUUAAUUACGUGUUAAUGUUAACGAUUACGAAAGCGGAUUUGUUUUCUUAGCAGCGAUUGUUCGCACCGGUUUUGCAACGCACUGCAAUUUUGUGACUAACUAGUCUGUAACACGAGUCCGCCACAAAAAAAGACUCGCGUUUAACUAGUCCGUAACGCAGUAUAUCGACUUUACGUCUGAUCGUAUGUGUAUGCGUGUGUGUGUGUACGUGUGUGGGCGCACAACGGUACGUGACAUUUAUAGCUCGAAACCCGAUUGAAUUGUCCGAGAUCAGACUUAAGGAUCUUGUUCCUUCCCGUUGAUCGACGCUCGCCUCAAGUGUCGCGGCGAACGUGUAGAUUAACUGUUGCGGCAUGCAUGCAGGAUGCAUUAAAAGUCGGGCACUUUCCUCGUCAUUCCUAAACAGCAACUACGGGGCAGGAACUGAAGCUGUAAAGCACAUAGGAGAAAUUAAUGCAACAUAAAAUAAUCGAGUCUUGAAGUUUGAUGGAAAAUCGUAUUAAAUUGUAGCCAUAAAACGACGCGAGUUUGCUGUUGAUAAAGUUUUGAGGUGAGAUCUUUUUUGUUAUGAUGUAAUCAAGCGACUUUUGAGACAUCCUCUAUGCAACACCCGUGCAUUCUGCUCCUUUUUUCCGUAUUUUAUUCGGUCAUGGACGUGUUAGAUAUAUUUUAUAUCUUAUGAUAGUGGAUAAAAACGCGAGUAGAAACGUAGCCAAUGAUGAUCAGCUAUUCUCUUGACAAUCAAAAUUCUGUCGAAGAUACUGCACUAAUGAAUAUGUAUACGAGACAUCGUGUGUGAUACUUUUAGAGAAUGCAUUCCUGCCUCCAUCAUUUCCGUAAAGAGAAAGGGGAUUCCGUGUUGUAGUUCCCCUUACGCAUUACAUUCUAUAAUACACAUGCGCGUGUGCUCGUACAGAGUAUUCCUUUUUUGCAUGUAAGAAUUAUUCUUGGACACGUACCUGAUAGCGAAAUGUCACGAUCUACUUUAAAAACAUACAAUCCCGAUUAUAGAGCAAUCGAGAAUGAUCAUUAUUGUUUUUAUCGUCAAAUAGUUUAUGAAUAAUAUUUUAUGAGAUCUAUAUAUAUAUAUGUUUAUAUGAAUUUAUAUCAUAAUAAACAAUAUCAUGUAUAUAUGAAAUUGAACAAUGUCAUAAAUGACGAUGACGUGUGAUUGUUGUUAGCAAAUAUAUUUAUAAUAUUGUAAAAA